AUGAUUCUCAGGUUUGACGACAAGUUCGGGCAGGUCACCGACUGGCAACCCCACAAGCAGGGGCGCGGAGCGGCGGCCUACAACGUGACCUAUGACGAGCUGGACACUGGGAAAGAGAGGGUGCAGAAGUUUGGCAGUGGAGCCAAGUUGACCAAGAUUGAACCAGAUAGACAAGAGUGCCAGGUGAUGUAUGUGCGUGGCUCGGGGCCUGAAGAGAAGAUCGUCGUCCUGGCGGACGAGGAGUACAACGAGAUCGAGAUCCCUUUGGCCCGCUUCGUGGGUCAUUCCACGGUGGCUGAGGGCGCCACAUGCAUUGUCUACAGGGCCGAGGAGGAGAUUGUAAAGAUUGCAGUGAAGCCAUAG